UCUGACAAGGGAAGUUGGGCCGUGGCCCAAUCCCGAGUCACGCACGCUUUCUCUUAAGGCACAGAGUCUUCCGUCUACUUUUCUCACUAAAACUUCUGAGGGAUGCGCAGAGGGCAAAAGAGAGGAGGAGAUAUAUCUUAAUAUUUAAUAAUAAUAAUAAUAAGAAGGAAAAAACAAUAGUUGUGUUUUUUGGGGUUCGCUAUUAUUACUGGCUUUGAUGUAGGGAGAAAGGAAGAGGGUGAGAGGGUGUAAAGAGCAGGUGAGAGGGGGUUCAGUUUGGUGAUGGUGUUGUGGGCACUUGGUGAUGCCAAGGGCAUAGAGGUAAUUCCAUUUUGUUUGUUGUUGAUGAUCUUCUUCUCGGGUGGUGAUGGUAGGAGGAGCUGGAUCGUCUUCGCCCAAGGUAGCAGCGGCGGCGGUGGAGGUAGUGGCGGGAGGAGCGUCGGCCUCAUCGGCGGAGGGGGCGGGUUCUGGGCGUCUACGGCGCCUUCCAAUGUUGGAAUAGCCAUCGCCGUGACGGCCAUGGCCGGUCUCGCCUUGGCCGCCACUGUCGUCUACACUCGUAGGUAAAGCAACCCUAAAUUUCUUCUUCAUCAUCAUCUACACCAACGAAACCAAACGAAACCCUAGAAAUUUGUAGGUAGAUAUGCUCACACAACAGAAACCCUUUAUGAGAGCCCUCCGGCGAAGUAUCACUUCUUCACCGUCAUCAUCGUCAAAUUCUUCUUCACCGUCAUCCUCGUCAUCGUCAUCGUGGAUUCAUUUGCGAACGGUUCUCUUAGUCGUUGCUUCCUCCUCACCAGUCUCCACUGAUAGAGGCACUCUUAAAUCACCAUGGUCUCGCCGGAGAAGAAAACAUGCCCUCCUGGCCAAACAAUGGAAGAGUCUUUUUACGCCAGAUGGAAAAUUCACUGAUGGUGGAGUUAAGUUUCUGAAGAAAGUUAGAAGCGGAGGUGUUGAUCCAAGUAUUAGAGUGGAGGUUUGGCCAUUCCUCCUUGGAGUCUAUGAUGUGAAGAGUUCCAGGGAAGAGAGAGAUUCUAUUAGGGCUCAGAAGAGAAAGGAAUAUGAGAACCUGCGGAAACAGUGCCGACGAAUCCUAAAACAGAGUGACACUAGCAUUAAGUUGAGGGAAACUACUGGAAGCUGUAGCAACCAGGAUAGUGAGGAAUUCAGUCAAGUUUUAGAUUCUUCUGGCUCAGAAGAUGUGGUUAGUGCCAGGUUGUCUCAUUCCACCGAGGGAGGGACUCCAGAGGAAGAGGAUUCAGUCCACCCAGUCUGCAAUGUAGGCCCUCAAACUUCAGACUCAUUAUUGGAAGGGGAUGGUGAAAAGAGUGGACUUACCUGUGAAGAUGCCUCUGCUAGUUACUCGGACUCAUCUGAUUCUGACUCCUCUGGAGAAAUUGACAGCAUACCUCUCUUUGCUGCUGAAGGAACUGAAGAAAAUGAUCUUGGUGAUCAUGCUAAGGAGAAUUCCUCUCCGUCUGAGACAGAAAGUGGCUCCAAACUCCGCAUGAAUGAAGAUUUUGCAACAUGGCAGAGGAUCAUCCGCCUUGAUGCUGUGCGAGCGAAUGCUGAAUGGAUCAUUUAUUCACCAUCUCAGGCUGCUGUGUCAGAGAUCAAGGCACGGAGAUUUGCAGAGAGUGUUGGAUUGAAGGAUUAUGAUCACCUGGAGCCAUGCAGGAUUUUCCAUGCUGCUCGCUUAGUUGCCAUUCUAGAAGCCUAUGCACUCUAUGAUUCAGAAAUUGGUUACUGCCAAGGGAUGAGUGAUUUACUCUCCCCGAUAAUUUCGGUGAUGGAGGAGGACCAUGAUGCCUUCUGGUGCUUUGUAGGUUAUAUGAAGAAAGCUCGGCAUAACUUCCGGCUUGAUGAGGUGGGGAUUCGAAGACAACUGAGCAUCGUGUCCAAGAUUAUUAAGUGCAAGGAUUCUCAUCUCUAUAGGCACCUGGAGAAGCUUCAGGCAGAGGAUUGCUUUUUCGUAUACAGAAUGGUGGUUGUUCUCUUUAGGAGGGAGUUAAGCUUUGAGCAGACGCUUUGCCUCUGGGAGGUGAUGUGGGCAGAUCAGGCUGCAGUCAGGGCCGGGAUUGCCAAGUCUACUUGGGGAAGAAUAAGGCUAAGAGCCCCGCCCACUGACGACCUGCUCCUUUAUGCAAUAGCCGCCUGUGUGCUGCAAAGAAGGAAGCUGAUCAUAGAGAAGUACAGCAGUAUGGAUGAGAUCAUAAGGGAGUGCAACAGCAUGGCAGGACAUCUCGAUGUUUGGAAGCUUCUAGAUGAUGCCCAUGAUUUGGUGGUGACCCUCCAUGACAAAGUUUAGAAAGCCCCUUCAACCAAGGGUUUCGCUCUCAGGUUCUUUCUCUGUUACCCAUCCCUUUUUCCUUUUCAGUUGUUCUUGCUCCAUUUCCUGGGAGCCCUUCAAUUCUUAGGGAAUCAUAAUUUUACUGCACCCCUUCAUAGGCAAUUCCUGUGUCGAGUAAAUUAUGGGAUGCAUGAUGUAAUUUGCCCACACUCUGGGCUCAUUUGAGCGAUCAUGAUGUAUCAACCUGCACUCACUGCUCAUUUGAGUGAUGGUGGCAACCCUGCAACACUAGCUAUUUACAAUGAUAUAUAACUUGUCUCCUGUUUUUCUCAA